UUUCAGAAAGACAGUCAGAUACCCACACACUGCUUUAUGGCCACGCCUCAUACCCUCAACCCUCCUUAGCAACCCCUCCCUGCCUUUAUAACGAACUUAAUGAAUCGGCACACUUAUCUUUUGGAAGCAGAGAAAUCUUGGGGUGGGGGUCCUUUUAAAAAAAGGCUAGUGUUCAGUAUCUUGAGGCUAUAUGACCUCAGCACAGCUUCUUACCAAGACAGUCCUAGUUGCACAGUGAAGACAAUAGGCUCUACAGUACAGACGCUCAGAGUGGACACAGAAUUAUGGAGGAAGGACCAUACAAGUACAUCAGGGAUGGGAAUGGCAAGGUUAUUCGAGUCAUCCGGAUCGGAACUCGCAAGAGCCAGUUGGCUCGCAUCCAGACGGACAGUGUUGCAGACAAACUGAAAGAACUGUACCCUGACAUCCAGUUGGAAAUAAUUGGCAUGUCAACAACAGGAGACAAAAUCCUGGACACAGCUUUAUCAAAGAUCGGAGAGAAGAGUUUGUUCACCAAAGAGUUGGAGAAUGCUCUGGAGAGGAAUGAGGUGGAUCUGGUAGUCCACUCGCUGAAAGACCUUCCCACUACUCUGCCUCCUGGAUUCACCAUCGGGGCUGUGCUAAAGAGAGAAAACCCCCACGAUGCAGUGGUUCUGCACCCAAAAAAUGUAGGGAAAACCCUCGACACACUACCAGAAAACAGUGUGAUUGGCACCAGCUCUCUGAGGCGCGCUGCCCAGGUGAAGAAGAGGUUCCCCCAUCUGAUCUUCAAAGACAUUCGUGGAAACUUAAACACUCGGCUCAAGAAGCUGGAUGAGAAGGACGAUUUUGCAGCUAUCAUCUUGGCUGCAGCUGGCCUUAAGAGAAUGGGGUGGGAGAACCGGAUCAGCCAGGUCCUCGGACCUGAAGACUGUAUGUAUGCCGUUGGACAGGGGGCACUGGCUGUGGAGGUUCGGGCCAGAGAUACAGACAUCCUGGAGAUGGUGUCUCUCCUCCAUGAUCCUGACACGGUGCUGCGUUGUAUAGCUGAGAGAGCCUUCCUGAAACAGCUGGAGGGUGGCUGCAGUGUUCCAGUGGCUGUAUAUACUCAAGUAAAAGACUCCCAGCUCUACCUGACAGGGGCAGUGUACAGUCUGGAUGGAUCAGACAGCCUGAAGGACACAAUGCAGACUAGCAUUGCAGCUUCGGACAAGAGCCCGGAGGAGGUGGAUGACCGGGUACAGCGAGUAGGAGUCACUGCCAGGAAAGUGUCCGGUGAAGCCCAGGACAGGGCCGAACGACUGGGCAUCGACUUGGCCAACUUACUGCUGAGUAAAGGAGCCAAGGAUAUCCUGACGGUGGCCCGGCAGCUCAACGAUGCCAGCUAAUCUUGCUGAGCCCAAGAGGACUUGAACUCAUCCUCGGUGCAGUCAGUUGCAGCUUUGUGCCAAGUAAAACUUCAAUUUGAUGUUAUAUAUUUGAGACAAGGAGUAUGAGGAUCUAAUUAACUUUUGACUAGUUUGAACACUACUUGGACCACAGCUGUGGUACAACGCUGCUGAAUUGACUGUCAUUAUGUGCUUCAGAGUCCAAGUGUUCUUACAGACAGUACCUCAUCCCCUGAGCCGAGUAGAAAACACCUUAAUGCUGUGAGAAAGUGAGAAAAACAGAAUGAUCAUCAGUAUUUACACCAUUGUCACUGGCUCAUAUCCUCAUCAUUAAACCCUUCAAUAUGUUUUAAUAAUACUUAGCUUUCUCAAGCACUUAGCAGCCUUAAAUGUUAUGAAUAACAAAACUUCUUGCAUGUACAUGUCAUCCAUUCACACUCGGCACUCAUGUUGACCCAUUUAACCGUCGUCACUCUUAAUUUAUCUCAAUUUGACCACAACUGGGAGGUUUAUUUAUUUCUCGUAUUGUCAUCCCAGUGCUGAACAAACUGAGCAGAUUUUCCAUAUAUCGUCCAGACUUAAUGCCUAGUUCUUCCUCUUGUUCCUGCAGGGAGGGAGACAUAAGAUUUUAGUUCUUCAAACUCUUAGCCCAGUAAACCUGAUGGUGCCAAAGAUGAGUUUGCAUAAAAAUGUGUCUAAUACUGCAAUGAGAUGGACACAUCUCAUUGUGUCCAUCACAUUUAAUUUCACAUUUUUGUGUGAAAUUAAAGAAUAUAUUUAAAUUCUAUUUUCCAGCUUUUAGAUCAACAUCCAGAAGUCACAAGGGACUUUUGCUCUUGAAUGUCCUCCAUGUUGUGACCUCAUGCAUGGGAGUAAUGAACUGAUUAGUGUUGUAUGACAGUGAUUUAAAGAUUACGAUAGCUACUUCUUGCACAAAGACAAUAUACAAAAUAUAGACAACAAAUAAAAGAAUAAAAUGAUGCCAGUGUCUGUUACUGCAAAACAUAGAUACUUAGAAUCCCAAUGUUUCUGAUCUAAAAACAUCUAUUAACAUUUCUGCAUAGGCUCAAUGUCAUUGAUAUGAUAUUCAUAUGUAAACAUGGUUUUUAUGUUUAGACUUAGACAUUGACAGCAUUUGGUCAUGUUUGGAGAAAGAUACUAGGACUUAGUUUUACACAGAAAAUGUCUGUAAACAUGUGACAACAAUUGACUUCUGUAUUGAUGAAUAUGUACAACUAUUUCAAACUAAACUACAAUCUUUUUCUAAUGCUAAACCAAGAGUUUUUACAUCCUGCUGCCUACUGGGGAGAAGAAAGAAAAUAGAUGUUUGACCAGUUGAAGUUGAUUCUGUUCUUUGCAGAAAUGUAAAAAGGUAAAAUUUUAUUCUGGGUCAAUGCUGGAAUUAUAAGCUUACACUGUGGCACUGUCAGUGACCACCAUCAAGCACUGUUGUGCAGGAGAAUACUUGCUUCAUUACAGUGAAGCUACAAGUGCACUGACUUUUUUUCAGGUACUGGGCCUUCCUCUAAUAAUUUUAUGUCCUUUUGCUAUGCUGAUGUUUUUGAUAAACCCUUAUGCCUUCAGAAUGGAAGGUAUUGUUAAGAGGUGUGUGGAUUCUGCAGCUACGCGACCACUGGAUAUGUACAGUGUAAAUAUAGAUUAUAGAUAUGUACUGUGUCAAGGUUUUAACAGGUUUAACGCCUCUGUAAUGGAGACUUUAAUGUUAUAAUGUUGUCCUGCAGGAUGCUCUACUCCACACUGUGGAAAAGCAAUAUAUUUUCCAACUAGCUGACCUAUAAGACUACUCUGAUUAAAUAAAUAAAUGUAUAUGUUUGCAUCAUUGUUGUAAGUGCCAAUGCAGUCAGUGUUUCAUUUAUGUAAAAUGCAUAUUUGCCUUACAUAUCUUUAUUUUGUAUCUAUAUUGCCACUGUACAGUUAGUGUGACACCAUUUUAUUUUGAUUUUAUCUAUCUUUAUUUUAUCUUUAUUAUACUUAAGUUAAACCUCCUAAAACAAUGUGAGGUACUGUUAGCCAUAUUUGCUUCAGCUUUAAUUUCUUUAUAAUUAAAUGUAGGAAAAAAAUCCCCAUCCAAGUGUUGCAUCAGUGUGCUAAUGAAGAAAAAGUAUAAUGCUUGUUAUUGUGAAUAUACAAAAUUAAAUGAUCUUAAGCAAAACUAUCAAUAAAGCCACAGUAUGUAUGUUUUCAAGA